UAAUUGAUUAAGAUGAUGCGAAGAAGAACAGUCAACCGUCAAAUAGACGACAUAUUCCAUAUUUUGUGGGAAUCUAUAUAUAACGUUGAACAAAAUGGAAUACUAGAUUGGAUCAUAUUUGUGGGAAAUUGUACAAACCCUCAACCAAGUCUUGCAAUUCUUCCUAAUGGCGGCCGUGUCAGCACACUCUAUAUCAAUUCAGCGUCUGAAACCAUCUCUAGUUUCGACUACUCCGAAACUAGGGUUUUCGAAAACCCUAGGGUUGGGGUUUUCAACCACAAUUCAAGGCCUAAUUUCGAAACCCAACUUUUCCGAGCUCAAGAGACUGGUGGUCUCUGCAACCAGUGCCGAUAAGCAGCUCGAUGGCAACACAUCUUCUCUCACCGAUUCAACUACGCCAACGACCAGACCAAAGGUGAGACGCCACACUGUUUCAGUAUUUGUUGGUGAUGAAAGCGGAAUGAUAAAUCGGAUUGCUGGAGUCUUUGCAAGGAGGGGAUACAACAUUGAGUCCCUUGCUGUUGGUUUGAACAAGGACAAGGCUCUCUUUACUAUAGUUGUAUCUGGAACUGAAAAGGUUUUGCAGCAAGUUAUGGAACAACUUCAAAAGCUUGUGAAUGUUUUGAAGGUUGAAGAUAUCUCAAAGGAGCCUCAGGUGGAACGUGAACUGAUGCUUGUAAAGAUCAAUGCUGAUCCAUCGUACCGUGCUGAGGUCGUGUGGUUGGUGGACAUCUUUAGAGCCAGAAUUGUGGAUAUCUCAGAGCACUCACUAACUAUUGAGGUGACGGGAGAUCCAGGGAAGAUGGUUGCAGUGCAAAGAAAUUUAAGUAAGUUUGGAAUUAGAGAAAUUGCCAGAACUGGAAAGAUUGCUUUGAGAAGGGAAAAGAUGGGGGAGUCUGCUCCUUUUUGGCGAUAUUCAGCAGCUUCAUAUCCAGACCUUGAAACAACAAUGCCGGUAGACAUUUCUGUAUGGGACAUAAAGAGAAAACGCAAUGAAGAAUCUGAUACAUCUGUUAGGGGUGAUGUUUAUCCUGUGGAACCAAUGGAUGACUUCCCAGUAAAUCAAGUUCUUGAUGCUCAUUGGGGUGCUCUGAAUGAUGAGGAUACCACUGGACUUCGGUCACACACUUUAUCCAUGCUUGUAAAUGACUCUCCUGGAGUUCUCAACAUAGUUACUGGAGUUUUUGCUCGAAGGGGCUAUAAUAUUCAGAGUUUAGCUGUUGGUCAUGCAGAGGUUGAGGGGCUUUCUCGUAUUACAACUGUUGUUCCUGGUACAGAUGAGUCCAUUAGCAAGUUGGUGCAGCAACUUUACAAGCUGGUAGAUCUUCAUGAGGUUCGAGAUUUUACCCACUUGCCAUUUGCUGAGCGGGAAUUAAUGUUGAUAAAGAUUGCUGUGAACUCUGCUGCUCGUCGGAACGUUCUUGACAUUGCUAGCAUUUUUAGGGCCAAAGCUGUUGAUGUUUCUGAUCAUACAAUAACGCUUGAGCUUACAGGAGAUCUUGAUAAGAUGGUUGCUCUGCAGAGAUUAUUAGAACCAUAUGGCAUUUGUGAGGUGGCACGAACGGGGCGUGUGGCAUUGGUACGUGAAUCUGGUGUGGAUUCCAAGUACCUUCGUGGUUUUUCUUUUCCGUUGUAACUUGAACUUGAGAGAGAGUUCAUGACAAAUGGAGUGGGGAUGCAUUCCACGCAGAAGUUUCACAUAGAUACAUGGAGACAUCUCUGAUUUUCCACUUAGUUUUAAAUGCCAAAAAUGAAGCAACAUAAAUGAGAAGCAUUCCAAACCAUACAAUUCCAGUUUGCAUCUUGUAAUUUUCUUAUUGUUUCAACCCUUGCAGAGAGAUUAAAAAAAAUUGAAAUUAUGUCAAAAGCAUCUUUGUAGGAGAAUUUUGUGUUUAAAUUGCAAGUGUUGUGAAACCUUGUUUUAAGA